UGUGACAGCCUAACAGCCUUUCCUCAUGAACUGUAACGAUCUCUGACACGAUUGGCGUUAAUAAAUAUCAAGUCGUGCUUUUGGGAGUAAAUGAGCAAUAAUGUAUUGAUCCAAAUAGACUGUGUGUAUAUAUGCGAGUAGCAGGUGGGUGUUAUCCAGCCUUUAGUAGGUAACUGGUCAAAUGACAGGUGGAAAUGUCGCCCUCUUUAAGACCUUGGGUACACAGACAGGUAGGCAAACCCUUUAGAGGGCGAGGCCCCUUGUCAAACAAGUGCUUAAGUGUUGUCGAGCGUUGCACUGAGCAUGCGUGAACUGAAAAGUGCGUUUUAGAAUGAUUACUGCGAAAAAGAUAGGGAGGGAGAGAACGGGGGAGAUUAAGCGGACUGCACACAACUGUUGUCUUAAUCCUCUGAGCGGAUAGAUUUAGCAAAAAAGGAAAAACGGCCUUGGAACGCAGCAGCCAUAUUGUAUGGAAUACUCUUGGAAUAUUUUGUUCCCAGUUUUAUGUCUGAAGCCCAUGCUCAAACUUCAACCGAAGUCUUGGGGAAGAUAGUUUAACUCUGGCAGCGGGACCUGUUACCGCUAGCUAUUAAACUGGCUGUGGAUUUCAGUGUAGCAUAGGCUACUGAUAUUGCGUAGAUUUUGGUACCAGACACUGCCUCUCCGUUUGUAUUUGUAUUUAUCUUUUAGCGUAGUUGUGGUUGUUUUAGACAUGAAGGACCGACUGGAGCAACUCAAAGCGACGCUAGACACUGACGAUGCUGACGAUGUGGAGAUUGCUGUGGACAAUGCAGCAUUUAUGGACGAUUUCUUUGUCCAGAUUGAAGACAUCAGGAGUAGCAUCGACAAGAUUGAUGAACAUGUUGUUGAAGUGAAGAAGCUUUACUCGGUUAUACUCUCGGCACCCACAUCGGAGCAGAAAACACAAGAUGACCUUGAGACUAUCACUAACGACAUUAAAAAGAUGGCUAAUAAUGCCAGAAACAAGCUCAAGACCAUUGAGAGAAAUUUGGAGACGGAGCAGGAAGAAAGAGUUUCUGCUGACAUGAGGAUACGCAAGUCACAGCAUGCUGUGCUUUCACGGAAGUUUGUGGAAGUGAUGACCAAGUACAACGAGGCUCAGGUGGAUUUCAGAGAGAGGAGUAAAGGACGCAUCCAGAGGCAGCUAGAGAUUACUGGUAAAGCCACCACUGAUGAUGAGUUGGAGGAGAUGCUGGAGAGUGGAAAUGCAGCCGUCUUCACAGCGGGGAUCGUGGACUCCAGCAUCUCUAAGCAGGCUCUGAGUGAGAUCGAGGCGCGACAUAAGGACAUCGUACGCCUGGAGAGCAGCAUUAAGGAGCUGCACGACAUGUUUGUGGACAUCGCCAUGCUAGUAGAGAGCCAGGGUGGCAUCAUCGACAGGAUCGAGAGCAACAUGGACCAGUCCGUGGGCUUUGUGGAGAGGGCCGUGGCCGACACCAAGAAGGCCGCCAAGUACCAGCAGGAGGCGCGGCGUAAAAAAAUGAUGAUUAUGCUUUGUUGUUUAAUUCUUGGGAUUGUUGGCUUUGCCUAUAUCUACAGCUUCUUUUCAUAAAGAGGAAACUACAGGAAAGAAACAAAUCGCUUGGUGUCUCCGUGAUCUGUCAAGUCCAAAUCACAACGUUCUUCCCCCAAAUGAGUAUAGUAACUGAGAUGUUUUGUAGUCUUGUGUUUGAAUGAGAUGGGUUGCCUGAAACCUUUUCUCAAAUGUCGCCCUGAGGAGAACACCAUAAUUAGAUUUAUUUUGUAAAGCAUUCUUCAAAAAUAAAAACAUGUGCAUUAGUUGUAGUCUACACAACAUGCACAUUAUUCGAACAACUAUCAAAUAGGCCUACAAUUUACAAUUUCCCUUUGCUUGGUUAGCGUCGAUAGAUUCCCGAAGAGUAGCCUACCCUAGCCUAUAGUCUGAAUAAUUCUAUAUGUGUGGAUGUGUUGUGUCUGGUGCGUUUAACUGUAAGCAAUCUAUCGUCUGUACAGUCAUAAUUUGUUUGUGUUGGUCUCUCUUGUUGUGAGCGAGAGACAUUUUAUUUCUGCGAUGUGGUGGCGUGUCAGUGCAUGUUAUGUAAUAAAAUAUUUAUUCGCAACGCUGCAAAUGCACAGCAAUACAA